GAGAGCCAUAGAUAAAAGGUGGCAACAGCUAUGAGGCACAGCCAUGAGCUUCAGCUUCCCCUGCUCCAUCGACUUGUUGUUUACUGUGUUGUCUGUUUUUGCUUAUCUUCUGCUUUGGUAGAUGGAGAACAGAAGGAGUGGUGGAAGCCAAGUUCAACCAAUUAUGGGCCUCCGAGGCCCUUGAAGAUUACCUUUGAUGGGCCUGCAACGAACUGGACCGACGCCAUCCCCAUCGGCAAUGGCCGUCUCGGGGCCAUGGUUUGGGGUGGCGUGCCGUCGGAGCUUCUCCAGCUCAAUGAGGACACGCUUUGGACUGGAACUCCUGGAAACUAUGUGGACAAAAAUGCUUCACAAGCACUGGCUGAAGUCAGAAAGCUUGUUGAUGAUGGAAAAUUCUCUGAAGCUACGGCAGCAGCUGUCAAGUUGUUCGGAACUCCUUCUGAUGUAUACCAACUUCUUGGCGAUAUCAAGUUAGAAUUUGAUGAUUCUCAUCUUACAUAUUCAAAAGAGACUUAUCUUAGGGAGCUGGAUUUGGAUACUGCAACAGUAAAAAUAAAAUACUCUGUAGGAGAUGUAGAAUUUACCAGAGAACAUUUUGCUUCUAACCCGGACCAAGUCAUUGUGACAAGGUUUUCAGCUAGCAAACCUGGGUCAUUAUCCUUUACAGUGUAUUUUGAUAGCAAAAUGCAUCACGGUUCAAGGGUAAGUGGCCAAAAUCAGAUAAUAAUUGAAGGAAGCUGUCCUGGCAGGAGCAUCCGUCCAAAAGUGAAUUCAAUUGACGAUCCGAAUCUGAAGGGAAUUCAGUUUUCUGCAGUUCUUGAUAUGCAGAUUAGUAAUAAAGGGGUUAUACAUGUUUUGGAUGAUAAGAAGCUAAGAGUUGAAGGCUCAGAUUGGGCUAUUUUGCUUUUGACAGCUUCUUCUUCCUUUGAUGGACCAUUUACUAAGCCUGAAGACUCCAAGAAGGAUCCUACUUCUGAGUCCCUCAGUAAAAUGAAUUCUGUAAAAACAAUAUCAUAUGCUGAUCUUUAUGCACGCCACUUAGAUGACUAUCAAAAUCUAUUUCAUCGUGUCUCAUUGCAACUCUUUAAAAGCUCCAAAACUGUUUUAGGAAAAUCUGUUUUGAAUGGAAGGAAAUUGGUUUCUUCCCAAACCAACAUCUCUCAAAUGGGAGGUGAUGAUUCCAUUCCAACGUCAGCAAGAGUCAAAUCUUUUCAAACUGAUGAAGAUCCCUCCUUUGUGGAGCUUUUGUUUCAAUAUGGUCGAUAUCUGCUAAUCUCUUGUUCUCGUCCUGGGACUCAGGUGGCAAACCUACAGGGUAUCUGGAACAAAGAUGUUAAGCCUGCAUGGGAGGCUGCUCCUCACUUGAACAUUAAUCUUCAAAUGAAUUAUUGGCCAUCCCUUUCUUGCAACCUACACGAGUGUCAAGAGCCCUUAUUUGAUUUCAUCUCCUCUUUGUCAGUCAAUGGAAAUAAAACUGCAAAGGUGAACUAUGAAGCAAAUGGCUGGGUUACACAUCAUGUUUCAGACAUAUGGGCUAAAACAUCACCAUAUCAAGGUCAGCCCGUUUGGGCUAUAUGGCCAAUGGGUGGAGCUUGGCUUUGUACCCAUUUAUGGGAGCAUUAUAUUUAUACAAUGGACAAAGAUUUUCUUAAAAAUAAAGCAUAUCCUUUGUUGGAAGGAUGUACAUCAUUUUUGUUGGAUUGGUUGAUUGAAGGCCGAGGUGGAUUACUGGAGACUAACCCAUCAACUUCACCUGAGCACAUGUUCAUUGCGCCAGAUGGAAAGCCUGCUAGCGUGAGCUACUCAUCAACCAUGGACAUUUCAAUCAUAAAAGAAGUUUUUUCUAUAAUCAUUUCUGCUGCUGAGGUUUUAGGAAGACAUGAUGAUGCUAUUAUCAAAAGAGUCACUGAGUCUCUAUCUAGGCUUCCUCCGACAAAAGUUGCCAGAGAUGGUUCCAUUAUGGAAUGGGCAGAAGAUUUUGAGGACCCAGAUGUACAUCAUCGACAUGUUUCGCAUUUGUUUGGACUAUUUCCAGGGCACACAAUUAGUCUCAAGAAAACUCCAGACCUUUGUAAAGCUGUGGAAUUAAGUCUAAUUAAAAGAGGAGAUGAUGGUCCAGGGUGGUCAACAACUUGGAAAGCUUCACUGUGGGCACAUCUUCACAAUAGUGAGCGCGCAUAUCGCAUGAUAAAACACUUGAUUGUCUUGGUGCACCCUGGUCAUGAACGUGCUUUUGAAGGAGGAAUUUACAGCAACUUGUUCACACAUCCCCCUUUCCAGAUUGAUGCAAACUUUGGUUUUACAGCAGCAAUUGCAGAAAUGCUUGUUCAAAGCACAAUGACGGAUCUGUACUUGCUUCCGGCGUUGCCGCGGGAUAAAUGGGGCAAUGGUUGUGUGAAAGGAUUAAAAGCACGUGGUGGGGUGACAGUUAACAUUUGCUGGAAAGAAGGAGAUUUGCAUGAAGUUGGGCUUUGGUCAGAAAGUCAGAAUUCCCGAGUGAGACUACAUUAUAGAGGAUCCGUGGUCCUGACAAGUUUAUCACCUGGCAGAGUUUACUCGUAUAAUAACCGGUUGAAGUGUGUGAACACAUACUCCCUCAGCGAAGUGAAUCCUUGAAUCUUUGCGACAAAUCUUCAUAAGGAGCAUCCAUUGCUUUUAUAAAGGCAAAACAUGAAUGAAUCUUGGUAUAAAGUUACUCUUCUAGAUGCUUGAACGCUUGAAGUUGAAGAGGUUUAAAUAAUGUUAGAUAUUCAGGCACUAACUUAUAGCUGAUUGCAAGCCAAUUAGCCAGAGAGACUUGAAUAUACAAGAAGUUUGAUAGAUAUGUGACUGAAUAUUUCUGAAUUCUGUUUUUCAUUUUUCCCUGGUACAUAAACUUAAAAUUAGUAGUGUAUAAGAAAGGGCAGCACCAUUUGUUGGGAUGCAAACAAAGUCUAACAUCGUUCAAAUAAAAGGAUGGACAUGAGUUUAUAUACAUAUAGUUGUCUCUAUUGGUUGAGAGACCUUUUGGGUGAUGUCCAAAAAUACAUCCGUGAGAGCUUGGUCCCAAAAUGAACAAUAUCUCACUAACAUAGAGACAUGUAUAUAUAUGUGUAGUAAACCCCUUAUCCUCAACACCAUUCUCAUCAUCUUGCACAAGGCAUUGAAGAGAUGGGAUUUAGUACCCAAGAUACGAGUUGAUGGCACUAUUUUCAAGCAUUAUGCACUAAAAAAUUAGUGGCCAUUCCUUGAUUCACCUAUUAAGAUGUAGAGAAACCGGAUAUUUAUAAUAGAAUUUACCAUUAUCAAAAAGUGGGGAUGACUUCAUCUGUUUUAUUGAGGUAGACAUUAUUCAUAUUAUAGCA